CUUCUCUCCAACUUUACUGUAUCAUCUUUCAGUUCCUUUAUUAAAAAGCUGUUGCCGCCCCCCCUUGUUAUGUCUUGCCCAUUGAAAGCAACAUGACAUCGGACAGCGAUCAUACGCAUGCUGCCGUUAAGCAGCGACAGCAGCGACAACCUCGACAACAGCGGAACCGCUCCCGAUCCUCCAUCUCGGCUGAUCCCGAAGAAUUCCUUCCCUCUCGCCCACCAUCCCCGCCCGGCCCAAGCGCUAACGCUCCCCCUCCGUCUGAAAGAGUUACCCAUCUGCGAUUAAGUGCGCACUAUGCUGUGUUGGUUUUGGCUAGUAUGUUGGGGUGUGUAGCGAGGAUUGGGUUGAAUGGCCUCUGUACUUAUGACGGACAGAUCAUCUAUGCGCUGGCUUGGUCCCAAGGCAUUGGAAGUGGUGUGAUGGGAUUAGCCCUGGCGAAGAAGAAUGAGAUGACAAUCCUGUACCCACCAUUAUAUACCUUCCUAACCACCGGUAUAGCCGGGUGCAUCACUACCUUUUCGUCAUGGAUGUUGGAAGGUUACCUCUCAUUCAGUAAUUUCAAUCAUUAUAAUCGAAAAGGACUCCACGACACUGUCGAUGGUGUUGCAUACUCUCUCUCAACGUUUGCCAUCGCCUUGAGCUGUCUCCGUUUCGGUGAACAUUUCGGCUCAGCCCUUCCCAAGUUACCCUAUUUUAACACGCUCUCUCGCGUCACUCCGCCAGAAGAGAAAUCUUCUUCUCCCAGUUUGUUACCGCACACUCCCAUCCUGGAUAUCCUCACCAUCCUCACUGCUUUUCUAGCUUAUCUCAUCGCCCUCCUCUUAUACUUUCUUGCGCCACACUCUUGGCGACACGAUGUGGUAUUCCCGCUUCUCAUGUCGCCUCCAGGCGCCAUCCUCCGAUUCUCUCUUUCUAAUAUUAAUAUUCGUCACCCCUUUAUAAACCGUUUCCCAUUGGGGACAUUCAUCUCGAAUAUGGUAGCCACUCUUCUUAUCGCCGGGACUUUUGCGGCUCAACGACGCCCAAACGUCGUCAAUGCUGGGAGUGUGAGGUGCAAUGCACUCUACGCUAUACAGCAAGGGUUCUGUGGCUGCUUGAGCACAGUUUCGACGUUUGUGGUUGAAGCGAGGGCAGUAGAAGGGUGGAGAUGGAAGUGGCUUUACGUAGGAGCCAGUGUUAUUCUGGGCCAUGUCUUUGUCCUUGCUGUCGUAGGAGGUACCGGAUGGAACGAGGGAUAUGUCGACGCUUGUACCGGAUAAUAAUUUUAUAAUAGAUUUUAUUUCCUAGAUUACAUUAAUGACCUAUAUGUUAUAACAUUAUAAUGAAGCUGC